UAACAAUGUAAACAAUGAAUCACUUCUAAUCACAGUCACAUUUAUGUGGUUUAUUCAGGAAAGCAGUCAGAACGUUAUAAUUAAUAAGUCAGUUAUUCAGUUUUUAUUAUAAAACAACUACAAAGCUGAACACAGUCAGCUCUCGAAUACGCAUAUCAUUCAACUUUACCUAAGAAAUGAUCCCAUUUAAAACGACUAUGGAGAAAAAGAUCGACGAGUUAAAAAAACGUUUCGAAGAAUUAGAUAAAGAUAAAGAUGGCUCAGUGACACUGAAGGAAUUCAAAGAGGAAUUGUUAGUUCAAGGGUUUCCAGAAUCCUUAGCUUCUAAAUUUAUGGUAAAAUUUGAUCAUGAUAAUGAUGGGAAAAUUACCCUGGAUGAAUUCGUCAAAACACUUUUAAGCACGGACGAUAAUGCUGCUUCACCAAAAGCUGAAUAACCUGUACGAAAUCAUUCACGCGUGCAUGCAUUUGUAUUCUGUCAAGAUAAGAGAGUAAACAUUUUUUGUCUACCAAUACCGGCUUUGUCUUAUUUAGUGAUUCCAGUUCAUGUUUUAAAUUAUUUGAAUGAGAGAUAAUUUGUGAACUAUUGAAAUUUGUUUAAUGGCAUAUUUUUGUUAAGAUAAAUGUAAUAAACUUCCUAAAAAUAG